AUGGAUAUAUCAAUUGAUACCUCACAACCCUUGGAAGAUCUAUAUAGACAAUCAUUAAAACUAAACAUUGAACUAUUUGAACUACUAAACAAACAAUUUGAAUAUAAGAAGAAUUUAGAGAAAUCAAUUGAUGAAGUUACUAAAUCUUUUCAAGAUUUAUCUAAUAAUAUACCAAAGACACCAAGAGAAAGACAAAGAUGGCUUGAAGCACUUUCAAAUCUUCCUGAUCAAUUCAAUUCAAUAACAAGUUUAAGAACAAAUGAAACAGCAAAUGGAACAACAAAUGAAACAACAACCUCAACAUCAAAUGAGUCAAAUACAACAACAGAUCAAACUUCAAAUAACCAACCAGGUUUCAUAUCAAGAACUUUUAAUUGGAUCAAUGAUAAUGCUAAUAGAUUUAAUAAUGAUUUGAAUCAAUUGAGGCAACAAAAUCAAGCAGCACGUCAUGACGAUUAUAUUACUUCUAAUACGUUGUCAUCAUUGAUAAUUGAUUCAUUACCAAUUAUUAUCAUAUGUUUAGAAUUCAAAUAUAAUUCAACUUUAGAACAAACAAUUCAUUGUAUGGUUGAUCCAUAUUAUGUUGGUAUUGCAGUUGAUAUCGUAAUGAAAGGAUUAAUUACAAUAGGUUUUGAUCAUCAAUUCUCACGUAUCACUUCUGGGUUUUUAAAUAAUCAUAACAAGAUAAAUAUAUUAUUUACAAUCAUUAGAGUUGCUAUUAGAUGUUUUAUUAUAACUAAAAUUGUUCAAAUUUACGGUGAAGAAGAUACACCUGGUGAUGUAUUAAAUAAAAUAUUGGAGAAAGCUAAUGAGAUAGAUUUUUUUGAUAAAUAUUACCUUUAUAUAAUGUUUGUUCCAAUGGGCAUAAGUCAUUUUAUUACUAGAAUGCUUAAUUAA